AUGAGGAGCACUCAUCAUUUGAUCUCCCUCGCCUGCUUCCUCGCUGUCUCGUUGGCUGCUGCCCAAGCUCCGUCACCCGCCCCGAUCCUUGACACCUCGGGACAAGAGCUGCUCACGGGAGUCCAAUACCGCAUCAGGUCCAGCCGCGGGGAAGUCGACAUCAACGUGGACCGCAACUCUUCCUGCCCUCUUGACCUCUUCGCGGCCCCGAGAAUACAUGCCGGGCCGGGCCUCCCUGUUACCUUCCACCUGCCCCAUGAGUCGGUAGCCGGGCUCCCCGUCCGCACCUUGACCGAGGUCAGCAUCCAGUUCUCGACCGCCUCCGCCGACACGGCGUGCAACGACGGCGGCGUCUGGACAGUCCGCUUCGAUGCGAGCCUCCGGGGCUUCGGAUUCACGACGGGGGGCAACAUUUGGGCCGCGAACAGCCUGUUCACGAUCCAGACGGCCUGGGGAUCAAAUGGGAUCGUGUACUGUCCCAGGAAUGACUGCCCCGGCGUGUGUGGGUUCCUGACCAUCUCAUUUCAAGGCCGCGUGAGCGUGACCCUGUCCGAGGCUGAGGGGUUCUUGCCUGUGGUCUUCGAGAGAGUGGAAGCUGAUGACAUCGCCAUCAUUAAGAUGAGUACUGAUAAAUUAAAUCAGGCGGGCCGGGCGCUGAAAUAA